ACUUUCAAGGCGGCCUUCUUCGGAUUUUCUUCCCGAUGGCCAACGGCACUUCGGUUGGGGAGACUAAGUUCAUAUAUUACAUCGAUGAAGAAGAAACUCCUUACCUUGUUAAACUCAACAUUGCUCCAGAAAAAGUCACUCUUGGCGAUUUCAAGAACGCUCUAAACAGACCGCAUUCGAAAUUUUUUUUUAAAUCACUGGACGAUGAUUUCGGGGUUGUUAAGGAGGAAAUAUUCGAAGAUAACGCUUCACUCCCUUGUUUCAAUGGCCGUGUCGUUUCUUGGUUGGUGACUACAGAUGAAAGUAUAGCAUCUGAUCCAGGUGUUCUCAACCCCUCUGUUGAGGCAAACGCUAGUGUAAAUAGUAGUAAAUAUGAUCCUAACCUUGAUUUGGAGUCAAAUAAUACGCGGUAAGUUUGCUAAUAUAUAUAUAUAAUUUCAGUUAAGUAAUAAGUUUUGAAUAGUGUAGCGACGUAUUCUUAUCUCUAACUCAGUUGUGACUCAAGAAGUAUUUGGUUUUGCACUGUUAGUCAGCCGAAUAUUUUGCCUAUGAACAAUAGACGUGAAAUUGUCAGCCUACAUGUUCACUUGCUUUUCUUUUAACUUGACUUCAGUUUUGUAACAAGUUUAAUUCGGCCGUCAACUUUAUUCUGUUUUGAGUGUUGAUACGGAAACCUACUUCACUUAAAUCAAAAGUAUCUUAUAAAUCCUUGGGAUAUCGAAUAUUUGUGAAGCAUAAAUCAACAAACACGUAAAUCUGCAUUCUUCACGGUCAAUGUGUAAUGAAUAGAAAGUGCAGGAUAUCCAAGAAAGAUAUGUAGGUUUUCACUGAAUUUAUGGUGGUAUGAAUGAAUUGAUCUACAAAUAAUGAACGAUAGUGUUCUUAUUUUGUGUUACUACAGCAACAACGAAUGCAAAAUCAACUCUUGUGUACUUCAGUCACAUACGACCGCUGCUCCAGCUGAUUCUACUUCUGCAAACCUGGGUCAUGGAGGAAAUAUUGGACAAAAUUACGAUACAGAAACGGAAUCUGUACAUAGUGCUAACCAAGAUCGCAUUGCUCCUCUACGGAAUUUUCACAAUUAUAAAUCUAGUGGUCGACAUCACCAUACAACGAGUGGUGGUAGUCAUACUACUCAACAGACAACCCAUAGUGGUUCACGCCAUCGCCACUAUCGUUAUUUGCCUAGUUCAAAUACCUAUGAAGCUCCUUCAAUGAUGAGUUCUGAUUUAGAAUCAACUAGCUUCUUAGACUCGGAAGAAGAAUCUAGCAGAUUUUCAUCAGUCACUGGAACAACAUUAUCUUCCCGUCGGUAUGGUCGUGCACGUCGCAGACGAAGACGUAGGCGUCCACCACCAAUCAGCCGAGCCUCUUCGUUCAGCAGUAUUACAGACUCCACCAUGUCUUUAAAUAUUGUAGCAGUUACGUUGAACAUGGAUAUCGUCAAUUUCUUGGGUAUCAGUAUAGUUGGUCAGUCAAAUAAAUCUGGAGAUGGUGGGAUUUAUGUAGGUUCUAUCAUGAAGGGUGGUGCUGUCGCUCAAGAUGGACGAAUUGAACCUGGGGAUAUGAUUCUGGAAGCAAAUGGAAUUAGUUUUGAAGAAAUGAGUAAUGACGAUGCAGUUCGCACAUUACGAGAGCAAGUUCAGCGUCCUGGACCUAUUACAUUAGUUGUUGCUAAAUGUUGGGAUCCUAAUCCAGCCGAACGUUAUUUUACAAUACCUCGUCAAGAACCUGUACAUCCUAUUGAUCCGCGUGCCUGGGUGUUACAUACCAACGCAAUGACCACACCAGACUCACAGGUUCAAAGUAGUGAUAUACAUAGACAAGUUAAUGGGACUUCCAUGACUGGUGCCUCGUCAGGUGGUGAGUCUAGCUCCACUCUUAGUCCCCCUGGUCUUACCCCUGGUAUGAGUAUGGGCACUUUGACAUCAGGGCAAACUUCAAUGCCGCUAGGUACAAGUGCAGCAGCGUUCAAUAUGGCUGCUUUACUUGCAGCCUCUAAACAAAAACAGCAACAAGAACAAGAACAUCAGCAGCAACAACAUUUACUUCAACAGCGAAUUCAUUUAUCACAACCCGCAUUUUAUCCUACGUCAAAUUUAUUACUUCCCCAUGGUUAUACUCAACAGGUCGCUCCUAGCAUUGUUACUGCAUCCAGCUCGCUGCCGGAGAUUGAACGUUACUCAGACCCCAUUCCAUUAGGUCUAUCGACAAGUAUUCCCACAGUUAUUCGUGCAAUGCUCCAACCUGAUUCUGGUCUCGAUAUUAGGGAUCGUAUGUGGCUCAAGCUAACCGUACCAAACGCGUUUAUAGGUUCUGAUCUAGUUGAUUGGCUUUUCCGUCACUUGGAUGGUUUGACCGAUCGCCGGGAAGCCCGAAAGUAUGCAUCUAAUCUGCUCAAAUUGGGAUACAUUCGGCAUAUUGUAAAUAAGUUAACUUUUUCGGAACAAUGUUAUUAUGUCUUCCGGGAUAUAAGUGAACAUAUGUCUUGCUUAAGCCUAGAAGAAGUUGAUAGUGUCAGUGAAGUUGGUGCACAUUCUCAUCCCAAUUGGGGGCACAAUACAACAAGUACUAGUUUAACUGUUAGGGCUGGUGCUAGCAUGCCUGAUUACAAUCCGGGUUUUGCUGGAUCUCAUGGAAUCGGAGCAGCAAGUAGAGAAGGGAAUAGCAGUCAGUAUAGCACCGUCCCACCGAUGUAUCAUCCACCUGCUCCGCCUCUUGCUGCUCCUAUUCGUCAGUUGAUCGCAGACGGUCAAAAUAUAGCUGCUAACGCAAAUCUCCAACAGUCACACAGUGGGCCCCGAUUGAACAAUGGAAAUAGGGAUAAUAUUUCAGGCUAUUCCAGUUCAACAUCUAGCACAAGUAGUGAGUCAGGUCAUUUCGCUCAUGAAAUUCCUGGACAUACGAAAUCACGUCCCAAAGAAACAUCCGCGUCAAACCACAUUGGGGUUCAGGGAUUCAGCCAUUCUAGACAACAAGAUUCAGUUUUACCAAAUGUACGGUCACUAAAACAGCAACAUUCCCAGUCAAAUUCUAAUUUGGCACAAAGUCUCUCUGCUACUGGUGGUGUUGCAGGCAAUCAGUCUAGAUUAAGACCUCCUUUUUAUUCUAAUGGUAAUGAUCUAUCUCAACAGAACGAGCUUGCAGCAUCAUCUACAGGAUCUAGUUCAACUUCUUUUGGAAACCCAAGACAGAAUGUUCCCGCUAAUAAUUCUGAUAGCAAGCAACACCAAACACAGGAAUCAGUUAAACGAGAUUCUAUGCUCAGUUCGAAAAGUAGUAGCAGUAGUAGCUGUACUCCGUUGAAUGCAAACAUGCAGGAAACGCGACUGUUCAAUUCACAUCGGCUGUCUCAUAUGUCAAAUCACCAAAAUUGUGCUCCUCCUCCUCCUCCACCACGAAUUUCAACUGCUGUUUCUGGUUUCACACUCACAAGUCAUCCUUAGACAUGAAAUCUGGAAAAACAGAAUUACCGUGGUUUGGAAAGAUUUUUCUACCUCAUCCCAUCUCUUCUCGAAGGUUUCCAAAGAGAUAUAAUUAUUUUGACCACUUCGUUGUAAUUACAGUGAUAUGUGAUACUCGGAUUUCCAUAAUAUAACCUCAUUUCUUCACAAAGAAGCUCAUCCACAACUCAGGCCAUUUUUCCGAUUUUAUACUCAUAAAAGUUUUCUCCCUAAUAUAUAGUUCACUCACGCGUUAAGUUGUAUAUUGUGCAAUCAUUAACAUUUUAAAAUACCCUUUUUAACAAAAAGAUAUCAACUCUUCUUGUAAUCAAUCUCAUAGUCUACCUCGAUGUAUUGCUUAUCAUUUAUCUAGUUACAACUUAUUGUCUUGUUCUUGAAAUGAACUUCCAUAUUACAUAUUAUGUACCAAUCCUUCGUUUUUAUCUCAUUUCCUUUCUUUCUUUCUUAACUAACAAAAUGUGCUUUAUUUAACCGUAUUAUUCAGUUACCUACUCCAGAAAUAAUUUUUUUCCUUAAAUUCAGUUGUCGUUACGUAUAAUAUUUGAUUGAUACUUGAAUCAUUUACAAUUUUUAAAUUAAAACUUUCUAACUAAAUGGCUCUUUUAUUUCGAGUAUUUCAUUCUUAGUACAGAAAUCGUAUUCAUUUAUUUAUGUUAAUGCAAGUAAGACGGGGUUUUGUAAAACUCUUGGUGUAUAGAAUUCUUAAUGGAGGAACCAGAGCGCAUUGAUCUACUUAUGUCGAAUUUAUACUAGGUAAGGCACCUAUGUUACAACUCAGACAAGAAAAGAGGAUUAAUAGUGGUGACCAACGUAGCCCAGAAAAAAAUAUUUACAAACCGGCCAAACAUCGGAAAUAUAGAGGAAGAUUAAAAAUAAGUGCUACUUCACAAGUGAGUUUUCAAAUUGCUAGGUCCUGUUACAUUUAAUUUGUAAUGGAUGGUUUAUUUCGUUUUCGUGGUGAUUCUUUUAGCUGGUGUUCAUCUAAUUUAUCUCUCACUAUGAGCUAUUCUCAUAAAAAAAUCUUGUUGACUUCUUUCGAUUCUCGAGGCAAAAAGCCGUAACAAUCUUUAAUUCAAACUCACAGUCACUUGUUUUUGUUAAGGAUAAACGUUAAUUGUAAAUUGGAGUAUUGUCUACUUUUGCCUCUAUAUCAACACACUGAGAAAUCUUCCUGUUAUUCAUUGUCAACGGUCUUGUUUCUUAUUAAAUAUAUACCUAACAAAUUUCUGUGUUUA